AUGCCUGCCGCCCCUCUCGUCAGCACUGCCAACGGCGCCAACGCCAACGACAACAUCACUCGCUUUGAGCCCCCGAGCCGAGUGCGCUCUCCUUUCGCCGACGCUCUCUUCCACAACAAGACAAGAUGUUUCGUAUACGGUAUGCAGCCCCGAGCUGUCCAGGGUAUGCUGGACUUCGACUUCAUCUGCAAGCGAUCCACUCCUUCCGUUGCCGGUAUCAUCUACACAUUCGGCGGCCAGUUCGUCAGCAAGAUGUACUGGGGUACCAGCGAGACCCUCCUCCCCGUCUACCAGGACACCGCUAAGGCCAUGGCCAAGCACCCCGACGUUGACACCGUUGUCAACUUCGCCUCUUCCCGUUCCGUCUACAGCUCUACUAUGGAGCUGAUGCAGUUCCCUCAGAUUAAGUCCAUUGCCAUCAUUGCCGAGGGUGUCCCAGAAAGGCGAGCUCGUGAGAUCCUCGUCACCGCUAAGGAGAAGGGCAUCACCAUCAUUGGUCCUGCUACUGUCGGUGGUAUCAAGCCUGGUGCUUUCAAGAUCGGUAACACCGGUGGUAUGAUGGACAACAUUGUCGCUUCCAAGCUCUACCGCAAGGGUUCCGUUGGUUACGUUUCCAAGUCCGGUGGUAUGUCCAACGAACUGAACAACAUCAUCUCCCAAACCACCGACGGUGUUUACGAGGGUGUCGCCAUUGGUGGUGACCGUUACCCCGGUACUACUUUCAUUGACCACCUCCUCCGUUACCAGGCUGAGCCUGAGUGCAAGAUCCUUGUCCUGCUCGGCGAAGUCGGUGGUGUUGAGGAAUACCGCGUCAUCGAGGCUGUCAAGGACGGUGUCAUCACCAAGCCCAUCGUCGCCUGGGCCAUCGGUACUUGCGCCAGCAUGUUCAAGACCGAGGUCCAGUUCGGUCACGCCGGUGCUUCCGCUAACUCUGACCUGGAGACUGCUGUUGCGAAGAACAAGGCUAUGAGAGAGGCCGGUAUCUUCGUCCCCGAGACCUUCGAGGAUAUGCCCGCCAUCCUCAAGAAAGUCUACGACGAGCAGGUCCAGAAGGGUGUCGUCACUCCCCAGCGUGAGCCUGUCCCCCCUAAGAUCCCCAUCGACUACUCCUGGGCGCAGGAGUUGGGUCUUAUCCGUAAGCCCGCUGCUUUCAUCUCCACUAUUUCCGACGACCGUGGCCAGGAGCUUCUGUACGCCGGCAUGCCCAUCUCUGAUGUCUUUAAGGAGGACAUCGGUAUCGGUGGUGUCAUGUCCCUGCUCUGGUUCCGCCGCCGCCUGCCCAGCUACGCUACCAAGUUCUUGGAGAUGGUUCUCAUGCUCACUGCUGACCACGGUCCCGCUGUGUCUGGUGCCAUGAACACCAUCAUCACGACCCGUGCUGGCAAGGAUCUGAUCAGUGCUCUCGUCUCUGGUCUGUUGACCAUCGGUUCCCGCUUCGGUGGUGCCCUGGAUGGCGCUGCUGAGGAGUUCACCAAGGCCUUCGACAAGGGCAUGAGCCCUCGUGACUUCGUCGACACCAUGAGGAAGGAGAACAAGCUGAUUCCCGGUAUCGGUCACCGUAUCAAGUCUCGCAACAACCCCGAUCUCCGUGUCGAGCUCGUCAAGGACUAUGUCAAGAAGCACUUCCCCAGCACCAAGCUUCUGGACUACGCCAUCGCCGUCGAGACCGUCACAACCUCCAAGAAGGACAACCUGAUCCUCAACGUCGACGGUUGCAUUGCUGUCUGCUUUGUCGACCUCAUGCGCAACUGCGGUGCUUUCUCCGCCGAGGAAUCCGAGGACUACAUGAAGAUGGGUGUCCUCAACGGUCUCUUCGUUCUGGGUCGCAGCAUGGGUCUGAUUGCCCACUACCUCGACCAGAAGAGACUGCGCACCGGUCUCUACCGCCACCCUUGGGAUGACAUCACAUACCUGCUCCCCGCCCUUCAGAAGGGUGGCCAGGAGGGUCGUGUUGAGGUCAACGUAUAA